UCUUUUUUGGGUGAACUAUCCCUUUAAGGCCACGUUUACUACAUUUUAUCUUUACUGAAGCGUUAACAUCGGUUAUUCAAAAUGGAGGUUUAAAAAGACAUGGAUAAACAUGGUGGGGUUUUUACAAGUCGUACGACAUGAGCUAUUGCUUUUUCUUCUUUUUGUUCUUCGUACACAGUUCGCAUUCGGAAAAGCUUGUGGCCAGACUGAAUAUAAAUCAUCUGCUGGAGAAUGUUGCCCCAUGUGCAAUAUUGGAUCAGUUGUUCACCGUGACUGUAGUGGGGACUUUAGUACCACGUGCAAACCCUGCACUCCAGGAACAUUCAUAAGUGAGCCUAAUGGUCUUCCUAAAUGUUUCACAUGCAGAAACUGUGUUGAAAGUCAAGGCCUUUACAUCCGGCAUAAAUGCACUACAAUACAAGAUACCAUCUGUGGUAUACUUGAUGAAUAUUACUGCAUUGAUUACUCAAAUUUACAGUGUAGUCACGCUCAAAAACACAGUGUUUGCAAACCAGGACAAGAAACAAAAACACCAGGAACAAAGACAUCAGAUGCAGUAUGUGUGGACUGCCCUCAUGGGUUUUAUUCUCCAUCAGGUCUGAACUGCACCAAAUGGACUGAUUGUUCAGCUAGGAAUGAAAUUGAGACGGAAAAUGGCAGCUCUGUUAAAGAUGUCACAUGCACAACGAAAAGGCGGGAAAGAUAUGGUCUCAUUUUUGCAAUAGUCUUAACAUCAUUAUUCUACAUAAUUCUAUACAUUGCCCCACAGAGCACAAGUAAGUAAAUGCAGGAUUAAUCUGAGUUUUAAAAAAAAAAAAAAAUCACACAGUGCAAUCAGAAUGGUUUGAUUAACUAACCCUGGUAGCAAAUAACUAAGUAAUGGUGGUUUUACUGGUUAUUAUUAAAAUGAAAGAUUAUAAUGAAUUAAUUAAUUGAAUCAUUAUUAAAUGUCUUGUGAUUAAAAUUAUGUGAUCUUGUUUGUAUUGAGAUCAGCCUAAUACAUUUUAUUUAAAAAGUCUUUAACAAGAUUAGUUAUUGUCAUUAACUUUGUUAGUAGGGUAAUAAAUGUUAAUACAUUUAAUGUUAUACAUAAAAAAUAAAAAUAAAUUAAAUGGCAAUACACAAUAUACCCACAAUUUAAGUGUUAUUUUAAGAAUUAGUUUCUGGCGGGGGGAUUCUGCUACAGAAUGUACUAAUUAUGUUUGCGUUUAUUGCAGUAUUGUACUAUAAUCACCACAAAUAAUAUAUCUCUUUUUUAUGUUUUAUAGGUUGUAAACUUAAAUAUCCUAUUGAAGAAACAAAUCCUGCAGCCCAAGACAACACAGCACAACCCAAAAACAACACACUGCAAGAGGGAUAAACACUUAGGAACAAGUUGCUUCCCAAGAAUCUGUCACACCACCUGAUGGUUCUCUAGAAACCCACUUAUUAUAGAAGUGUGACAUUGCAUUCUUCUCCGUCUGCUGUGACCUUGUCGUGGUGGAGAAGCUUGAGUUCUUCCAGCACCUUGAGAACUGUGAGAGCAUGUUAACCACACCAGUGUAAUCACAUCUAGGAGGACAAACUAACAUCAAGCACCUAUACAGACCUAGGGCCUGUUCUUCGUACGUCGCUUAUUACAUCUGAGAUCAAAUGACACAUCCAAGAUGAUAUCAUCAUGCUAAUCAUGAUCCGGCUAAUUGGGUUCUUCAAACACACCUGUUGUGUAUGAUUAGUAUCGCUGGAUUGAGUUAUCUGAGAUAAUUGCGCGUUCAUGUGUUGGCUUAAAAGGGGAUAUGUAUCGAUACUCGAAACCAUGAUCAGCAGUGCAUCGAUUGGCUGGUGGCAAGACGGGAAUGUAAUGACGUCAUAUAAUUUAAAACGACACCUGACGAAAAACUUGACAAAUUUCUGGACUUUUAUAAGGAAACAGCCAAGCAAACAAAACUACAUAAAUGUUAUAAUAGAUACAUGAAACAGCUAAUAGAUACAUGUUUUUAUUUUAUUAGAAAAUUUUUCCAUGACUCCCAAUUAUUUAGAUUCGCAAUUAAUAAUAGUUGUGCAGUCUUUACAUUUUUAUUUGAAUGUAGAAAUUAAUCUAUUCAUUUCAAUUUAUAUUUGGACAGAUUUGUUACGUGACAGCAUUAAUGAAAGUUUCUUAAGGGUCAAUAUCAUGUUAUCUGCAUCUCCUGCGCUCCAUCAAGCCACUCUUAUAAUAGCAGUCAUCACUCAAAAUAAUGCACGACUCUAUUAUCUGAAUAGCGUGUGUAAGACUCUAAUACAAUUAUGUAUGUAUGUAUGUAAGUAAUAAUUUUAUGACAAAUAAAUAUUUCAGUGAGUAAAACUGGCUGUCUAUAGUAGGCUGUUAUGGACUACACAGCAUUAAUAUAUUAUUUUUAAAUAAUUUUUUUAAUGAUUAUUAUUUUAAAUUAUUGUCCCUGGAUCAGUACGAUACUCUUGUAAUAAAGUAGCGGUGGUGGCAGACAUAUUUUGAGUAUCAGUUCUGGUUGAAAAGAAGCGAUCUAAUCCUGUUUACAUGAAAUAAGCCUGCUUGCUAUGACAGCCUGUUGCUAUGACAGCAACUCCGGGAUGAGCUUCGAAGAACCAAACAAUCCAACAUCACGCCAAAUCGUCAACAUUUAAAUCCAGCUAACUGAGUUAGCGACGUACGAAGAACGGGCCCCUACUUAUCCCUGACACAACAACAAAUAGACUGCAUUUGAAAUACCAUACUGUAAGAAGAUCAACUACUUCUGUCCGGAGAACAGGGCUAAUGCAAACCUUUUCUCAGUGACUGUUUACAAAGGUUGUAUUUCGUAGUCAACGUCUAGACAGCUAAAAGUGAUUGAUAAAACAACUAAAAUGGAAAAUGUCACAUGCACAAGUAUCAGCUUACAAAUCAGCCUAAAUUGUACAAAAGUUUUAAUCUAUAUAAGCACUAUGUAUUGUUGCAUAUUGUAACAAUGGUGGCCUUAAUAUUUGACCUUAUUUGAACAUUAACAAGAAGUUGUUGACAAGAGUUAUCUUCAGCUUUGUACAGUUUGUGCUGAUCAUUAAUGUUAUGAAAGCAGUGUUGGUAAAACUGCUUUAACUGUAUUUUAAUGUUUAUGAUGACCGUUCUUAAGCAUUCAUUCCAAUUCUGUGUUUUUGUAUUGACUUUUUUAAAGAUUGUAUUUUUAUGUACGUGCACUACAUCUAAUUAUCUAAUGUUGUGGUUUGUUGCAUCAUGUUCCAGGGACAAACGAAAAAUGACCUUACAUUUUUAGGAAAAAAUGAGCAGACAUUUCAGUGGCCACAUUUACCACUAUCACACAGCACAGUUAAAGCAUUAGGUCAAAUGGUAACACUUUAGAAUACUGUUUCUUACUUACUACAUAACUAUUAAGGAAUUAUUGAAGAACUAACAGGUUCAUUAACACUCACUACUGUUAACUACUAAGAAAGAUGUGUUAUUUUAUGAUUAUGUUAAGUAACAGUUAGCUAAUCAGUAACUAAUAUAUUCUGUCAUACCUCCUGAAGAACUACUAAUUAUCUAAUAUUUAAGGUUCAAGAAAAAUAACUAUGAGGACUCGGAAAACCGACAGGUCUCAGACGUAAAGGACUCAGGUGGAGUUUCACGUUGUCCCACCCCAUGUGACGUCACACACAAAUGCCAUAUUAUAUUUUAACAGUUUUAUUCAAAUGUUACACUUAUGAAGUUAUAUAUGGACGAGAACAUGCAUUUCGAGAGUCUUGUGUGCAUGUUUUAAAAGUUAGUUAGCCAUAUUCCAAAUCAUUCCCCCAAUCUGGCCACUUUAAAUGCAAAAUGAGUGGAUCUUAAAUCAGUUGUGGAACAAAAUCCCUUUAAAGGCGACUUUCAUUCAUUUAAUUCUACUCACACUGAUUUCCUCUGAUAUUCCUUAUUCAUCAUUGGGUGCUUCAGUAACUCUUACAGUGAUUGAUUUUAAUGUAAUAUUUCCAAUACAUGUGAAUAACAGAAAAGAACAUGUGUUACAUCACAAAACAUGCUGUGCACAUAACAAAUAAAAGGUUUAUGGCAAA